AUAAAUGCUGAGAGUCCAGCAACGAAAUGGCGUAUAAGAGAAGAUGAAUAAUAUGUCAUGAGUGAGUGUACUCACGUUGUAGCUAUAAUACUCUCUCUCUAUUGUAGUCUAUCUGUCUGCCUCUCUGUCUCUUUCUCUCUCACUUCCCAUUUUUAUUUAUUUUAAGUCCAUCCCAAGUCUUCCUCUGUACAUUCCUUCGUUCUGAUUCAUCCCCAAGUCCCAACCCCAGCCCUCUCCAUCAUUUACUCUCUCUAAGAACCUUGUGCUUUUCCAAUCAAAUAUUAAGUCCUUCGAACUACAGUAUAUCCAACAUAUAUAUACAUACAUAUAUAUAUAUAGCUCAUCAUAGUUCAUUAGAACGAUAAUAAUCGAUCAUGACGCUGAGCAACAACGUUAACGGUAACAACAACAAUAUCAACCACAUUGGACCGUUCGGAGACACGACACUAACUAAAGUGUUCGUGGGAGGCCUCGCAUGGGAAACUCCAAAAGAAGCCAUGAGAGACCACUUCGAGAAGUAUGGAGAGAUCUUGGAGGCCGUCAUCAUCUCCGAUAAACUCACCGGUCGUUCCAAGGGCUACGGAUUCGUGACUUUCAAGGAACCUGAAUCCGCCAAGAAGGCGUGCGAGGAAGCCACGCCGAUCAUUAACGGUCGCCGAGCCAACUGCAAUCUGGCAUCUCUUGGCGCGAGGCGGCCCAGGUCGUCAAAUGCAAACACUGCUUUUAAUCCUCCUGCACCUCAACAAGGAUCUAACAUUGGACCGAGGUCAAUGUCGCCGACACCUGCGAAUCCCGUGCAGUGGUAUUAUCCUGCUGCAACGCCUGCCGCGACGCCGUUUCAUCGGCAGCAGCAGCAUCUUCAUCAGCACGCCGCCGUUCCUGUCUACGGAUAUCCUCCGACCUACAUAGCUGCUGAUAUCAGUUACAAUCCAAAGCUAAGCUACACCGGCGGGACCUUCAUGGGUGGGCACUUCCCUCAAGUGUACCCAGGGGUGAUGAGCGCAAACACACUGAUGCCGAUGUACCCGAUGUAUCACUACCAUCAGGCACACACAAUGGGCCCUUCGGCCCACAUGUUCCCAACAACGACAGGGCCCAUUAGCCCAGUCCCGGCCAUCAUUUCGAAGCCUGCGUCAAUUACUGCCCCUAACUCAGUUUGCCUGGCUGUGGAAUAGGUACAAUUGAGAGGUAUAAAGAGGUUGGCCAAUGGAGCAAUUAAGGGAUGAUGAGCACUUUAGUUGGCAAUAACAAUCGGAAGGUGGUGGCUGCUCAGAACAACAUUAUUAUUUCUGAUCUGUUCUGGCUCUUCUUUCCCCCAUUUUUUUAAAAAAAAUAUUCUUCUUAUUCUUAUAAGUUGUUUGAUAAGAUUCUUUCAUUAUUCAGUUCUCUCUCUCUAGAUUUAUGUCUUUCUAUCUAACAUCCAUCUCAGCAUUAGCUGUGACCAUUGAAAGAAAAUAUUGUAACAGAGAAAUCAUAUCCAUGUGAAGCAUGGUUAAAUUUCCCUA